AUGCACAAAAAGUACGGAGAUGUUUUUGAAUUUUAUAUAUUCAAGAAGCGCAUUAUCAUGCUUAAUCGGGCUGAUCUGGCAGAGAACAACGUUCUCAAGCAAUCAAUUAAAUCCAACUACUUUGUUCGGGCUCUGUCGAGAAGCCAAGGGUGGAGGGAAUUAGGUUUAACAGAAAGGGGAAUAGUUUUAAAUGCAAAGUUCAAAACUUGGUCUUUGAACAGACGCUUUUUGAGCCAUUGCCUGGGUGCUACCAAAUAUAUCAGAGAGAUCUUUAAUGUUGCGCACAACCGAUUUUUAGAGGCCGAACAAUAUUUGAAAAAAGUCGAUGACAACACACCUUUAGAAUUCUCCAAAUGGUUUCAUUGCCUCACCGUAGACACGAAAAUUGAAAUAACGACCGGAGAGAAAACCUAUGCUCUCGCUGCAUACGCCAAUUCUCUCCUUCCGCCUCACCUCCAAAAACCUGUUCCCGAAUCGUCCAUCCAAUCUUAUUCCGAAUUUAUCUCGAGUCUUCUUUACAGAACUUCGGUUGGAAGGUAUUUUACCCGGACUCCAGCAUUUCUUAGGCACCACGUUCCAGGCUUUAAGCAUAUUGCAGAGCGAAUGAAGAAGAAAGUAGCGUGGCUCGAUGAAGAAGUAAAGAAACUUGUAAGGAAAAAGAAGGAACUCAUCGCGAGCAUGGACGACAAGGAGGAAUUGAAGAUGGACUUGCUGACCUUGAUGUUGACUACCAACACAGAGAGAGAUACGAAUAAAGUUAAAGCGAGAGAAUUCGAGGAACCAUUGGACGAGAGUGAGAUCGCUUCGAUACUCAUUGAAGUGUUUUCUGGCGGUGUUGGCACGAUAACAACCGCUCUUUGCUUCACGGUUUACUACAUUUGCAAACAUCCGGCCGUUAAAUCUCGCCUCGUCUCGGAAAUCGAUGCUACGCUAUCUGCCGAUGACAACACUCUCACCUACGACUCUCUCACGACGCUUUUUCCGUACACGAGCGCAGUGAUGAAAGAGGCGGCCCGUAUUCUCACUAUUGUUCCAUUAGCAGUUCAAAUAGCCUCUGAAGAUGAUGAAGUCGCCGGAUACAAAUGGCGCGCCGGUACGACGAUUGGUGUCAAUAUCGGAGUCAUUCACAAGCAUGAAGCUCAUUGGAAGGAUCCGGAAACAUUUCGACCUGAGAGGUUUUUGGAUGAAGGCGGCGAUGAGAUACAACCAAGAACGUUCCUGCCUUUUGGUGGGACAGUCAGGGUGUGUCCGGGUAGAGUUGUGGCUGAUAAGCUGAUGAAAACUUUUCUUAUCUUGUUGUUUUCAAAGUUUGAGGUUGAGUUGUGUGAACCAGAUAAAGAGUUGGAAUAUGCCUACACAUUGGCUAACAAUUGUAAGGAGUUGAAGGUUUAUUUAAAAGCUAGAAUUACGGAACAAAAUGUGUGA